AUGCCCGUGCUGAUUCUCUCCGUGGCCGUGCCGUCGCGCUUCACCUUGCGGUCGCGCGAUAACGAGGUCACGUAUUGCUCCGCCUCGACUGUCGCCGUGACCGCGGGCCUGCUGAUCCUCGCACCGACCGCCGCCGCCUCCUCGAUCCGAGGAGGGCUGCUCCGCCUCGACGCGCCGCUCGUGGCGGCCACACUAUCGCUGCUGUUCACCCUCUCCACCCUAUACCUCGCCGCCAGCACCAACCCCGGCGUUGUGUCCCGCGAAAUGGCGGCGCCCGAGGAGGCCCCCUCGGCGGCGCCUGCCAGCUACUGCACCGCGUGCUGCGUGCAGCGGCGGCCCCGCACGCACCACUGCAGGCACAUGCGCGCCUGCGUCGACCGCUGGGACCACUACUGCGUCUACAUCGGCAACGCGGUCGGCAGCGGCAACCACCGCGUAUUCGUGUGCUUUAUCCUCGCCGCCACGGCACACGCGGCGCUGCUGACGUGGUGCGCGGCGCUCGAGCUGCUGGGGAGGGCGCAGCCGUGGCGGCUCGCCUCGGCCACCCACGCCCUCGCGCCUGCACUGCUGCUCCUCUACACCGCCCCCAUGGGCGCCGUGCUCGCCUGCUUCUCGGCGUACCACCUCUUUCUCAUCUCGGUCAACCAGACGAGCUACGAGUACGCCUUCAAGAAGGCCUACACCGCGCGCGCCAACCCGCACGACCGAGGCUGCCUCGGCAACUGGGUCGGCUUCUGCGGCGGCGCGCCGAGCGUGGCGGCCGGCGAGGCACCCGACGUCGCCCACAUCCUAAUCUGA